UGAGGAGAAAAGGGGAAAAUAUAACGAAAGGAAGAAAAAGGAAAUAAAGGUGACAAAACAUAAGAAGAAAAAGAAAAAAAGAACGAGCGAAAUUAACACAGAGAGAGUGACUGACUGACCACCACCACCACCACCACUACCAUGGCCUCCUCCCGCUCCCUACACGGCCCAAGUUAUUUCCCUAACUAUUACAGCCUUGAAGAUAUUCUGGCCACAAAUGAAAAGCUACCGUGUAAAUUUGAGAAGACAGUGGUUGGCAUGGGGUACCUCGACUCCUCUGGGCGCAGCAAGGACCUUGAGAAGGGCACCAAGCUGGAGCUACCCCUAUGGCUGGCCGCUGCUCUGGGGCCACGACGCAAGCUAGUCACCUGUCACUUGCCCAGGGCUUUUAACGAGAGAUACAGAGAGAUCCUACGCGCCGAUGCCACCAUCGUAGACCUGCAGGGACUAGCACCUUACUUCUACGAGUUUGGCCGUCACCUUUUGCCACUGGUUGGGGCCGAGGGGGUCACGCUGGGCCAACUGCUGACUGAGACACUCAAGCAGAGACUCCGAAGGGUGAUGGACUCCUCCCUCCACUGCCUUGAGGAUGAUGCAGCGGUCCACAAGGCUCGCUUUGACCAUCUGGAGCGCACUCUCUUCCACACGGGCAGGCGGAUGUACCAGGACCACCAACUCUGGCUGGCUCGUCGCUGCCACAUCAUCACGUCCAUUGCAUCCACCGAGCAAAGUGGAAAGCGUAAAUUGUCGGAGAUCAGCUAGCAUCCAUUUUCUGUCUUCUUUAAGUUGUUUAUUUUUGUCUAUUUUGGUGUUUUCGGUAUUAAAUUCUUGUCUUAAAUCC